AUGGCGCCUUCACAGAACUCAGAUAAAUAUGCAGGACCUCUGUUGAAGAGUCCUGAGUCCUUCCGCAAGUGGUUCGCCGCGAUCAAUAAGGGGAUCCGAUAUCAAGACGUUUAUCUCGUCGCUUCAGGUGCUGAGCGAAGGCCUGAAAUCCCCGUAAACGAGCGCGGUAAAGAGGUUACGAAGGAGGAUAUCGAGAAAGCUGAAGAGCUUCAGCGGCAGUGGGACCGCAGGAAUCCCAAAGCGGUUGGAGUCAUUUUCAGGACUCUUUCCAAUAAAAUCACUCAAGAAUAUACUCACUACGACAAUGCGUAUCAAGUGCUUGCCACGUUGAAGGAGAAGUAUGAUACUAUAUCCAACGUGCAGUCAUUUCACGGCCUCCAAAUGGCCUGCAACACCCGGUAUGACGAAUGCAAAGGUAUGAACGAUUAUAUCUCGAGAUUGAAGCUUGCGCUUGAGCGAUACGAGAGGGGCCUGUGGAAGAAUUCGGUCCUGGAUGAUUCAAUGAAAAUUCAGUUUAUCUUCAUGAAUCUCGGAGAAGAGUGGAAUACUUUUCUCACCUCGUAUAUCAACUCGAGCUAUGACCGCGAGAAAACAACCUUUGACGAGGUUUCAAGAAGCCUUGUUGAAGAAGAACUCAGAGUCAAAUACAACGCUGAAGCUGCCAACCUCGUGAAGGCUCAGAAAGGCAAAGAUGCGUCAAAGAAGAACUCGAAAGGAUCUAAGAAAAAUGACUCUAAAGACGACAAAGACUUCAAGGGCCCUACCUGCCCCACUUGCAAGAAGAAGGGCCACACCGAAGAUAAAUGCUGGUUCAGGCAUCCCGAGUUGAGGCCUGAUUCAUGGAAAGAUAAGAAAAGGAAUCGUGAUCGCGAUUACGACCAAAAUCAUAAAUAUGAUCGUGAAGAGUCAGCAAAACACCUUGAUGCCUUCAUCUGCGCUGCGCAGGUGGCUGACGAAUCGAUCAUUUUUGACCUCGAGAGAGCUCGUUAUCUUCGGAAGGAUGACUGGAUCAUUGACUCAGGAGCCACGUGUCAUCUAACUUCCGAUGAAAACAACUUCAUUGAAGGUAGUAUGAAGCCGUUAAGAAAGGCGAUACGGACCGCUACUGGUCACGUUGCCCACUCAACGUUGUCAGGUGACGUUGAGAUAACGUUGCAGCAUCCUGAUCGUCAACAAAAGUUGAUUCUUGCAGACGUCCUUUAUCUUCCGGACAUCAAGAUCAACCUCUUCGGGACGAUUAAGUUCAAUCGGAGAGGCCUCGGCAUCAAUCUCUUGCCUAAUGAGAUCAUCAUCUCAAGAGUUGUAGACGGAGAGAUCAUUGGAUACGGAGACAUUAAAAAUGAGACCUAUAUCAUGAGAAUUGCAAGAAAUGACUCCUUUCAAGUGUCCAAGGACCCUGUCUCAACUGACGAGUAUCGUGAAUUUCUCACAGGCUCCGAUAACGAAACAACGCUGAAUACGGCUCAGCCAACGAGACCUCGCGUGGCCAAAUACCAUGCGAAAUACUACACUACUUUGAAGGCAAGAAAUAUGAGGAAGGACUAG